AUGGACCUCAUUCUUAUAGAUGAACAUAUCGACGAAUAUAUGCAGCUUAUGGACACUGAUGCGACAAUCGUCUAUGAGUGGGUGUCGGCUAGCGGAGGUGACGUGCAAAAGAGGGCGAUAGUAGCAGGCAUCGCUUCUGACGGCCAGCCGCUGUACAUCGCCAAAGCCCUUGUAGGGGACGAGCUUCAUAACGGCCAUCCACAUGCAAAUAUACCGUACGCGGGUAGUGAGCAUUCUGUGAAGGACUAUGACAUCCUGGUUUGGAAGAAGAAGUAG